UCUCUGUCCUUCUUCUGUAUGUAUGAUGGACUCUGCACAGUCCCACUUCUCCUGUCCCGGAUGCCGGGUGUCAUUCAUUCUCGGUAUCUGUCCUCAUUCUGUAUGUAUGGCCUCUGCACAGUCCCACUUCUCCUGUCCCAGAUGCCGGGUUGGAAAUUCUCGGUAUCUGUCCCCAUUCUGUAUGUAUGGAGACUGUUCUGCACAGUCCCACUUCGCCUGUCCCGGAUGCCGGGUGUCUUGCUACCAUUCUCGGUAUCUGUCCCCAUUUCUGUAUGUAUGGGACUCUGCACGGUCCCCCACUUCUCUGUC